CACAACUCAAUUUAUAACUCUACUCACCUGUAAGAUUCUCAAUGCCAGAAGGCCCAGAACCAAUAAGAUCUAGGACAUGGAGGGUCUCAUCAGAUGGGAAUAUGGGAUCCAUCUCGUCCAUCUUGUUUUGCGCGGUGUUUUGUGUCAGACCGGAUCUGGUCCUAUCUAUCCAACACAUUCCGCAGCUUCGCUUUUAUCGGAAAUGGCGAUCGUGGUGGGCACUGUAUCUUCAAUGAGACUAUCAUACAGGCAGAGACUUACAGUAAGAGCAGCAGAAAUUGAGACCAACAAAGUGAAACCUCAGGCGCCGGAUAAGGCGCCGGCGGGUAAUGGUUCGAGCAUCAACCAGCUCCUUGGCAUUAAGGGAGCAGCACAAGAAACAAAUAAAUGGAAGAUCCGACUUCAACUCACAAAGCCUGUCACUUGGGCUCCAUUGAUUUGGGGGGUGGUCUGUGGAGCUGCUGCCUCUGGAAACUUCCACUGGAACUUGGAAGAUGUUUCUAAGUCAAUUGUUUGCAUGAUAAUGUCUGCUCCAUGUCUCACUGGAUACACACAGACAAUUAAUGAUUGGUAUGAUCGAGAGAUUGAUGCAAUUAAUGAACCUUAUCGUCCAAUUCCUUCUGGAGCAAUUUCUGAGAGUGAGGUUAUUACCCAGAUCUGGGUGCUGCUCUUAGGAGGGCUUGGCUUGGCUGGUCUAUUAGAUGUGUGGGCAGGGCAUAACUUUCCUGUAGUCUUUUACCUUGCUCUGGGUGGAUCCUUGUUGUCAUAUAUAUAUUCUGCUCCACCUCUAAAGCUGAAACAGAAUGGAUGGAUAGGAAACUUUGCUCUUGGAGCAAGCUAUAUCAGUUUGCCAUGGUGGGCCGGUCAAGCUUUAUUUGGGACACUUACACCUGACAUAAUUGUGCUUACGCUCUUGUACAGCAUAGCUGGACUGGGUAUUGCCAUUGUAAAUGAUUUUAAAAGUAUUGAAGGAGAUAGGGUACUGGGUCUACAGUCGCUUCCGGUGGCCUUUGGUGUUGAUACUGCUAAAUGGAUCUGUGUUGGUGCCAUUGAUAUUACUCAGAUAUCUGUUGCUGGUUAUCUGCUAGGGUCUGGAAAAUCAUAUUAUGCACUUGCAUUGCUUGCUUUGGUAAUUCCACAAGUGGUUUUUCAGUUUCAAUAUUUUCUGAAGGAUCCAAUCAAGUACGAUGUCAAAUAUCAGGCUAGUGCACAACCAUUUCUGGUGCUCGGCCUCUUGGUGACGGCUUUGGCAACAAGCCACUGAUUUACACCCACAUUAGUAAAGAAACUACUGUGCACGUGAAGGGACGAAGAACGCCUGUUUGUUUUGAUGGCACCAUACGGUACAGAUCAGCGGAGCUCGUGUGGUAGAGUGAAGGUGGGGGAGGAAAAUAUAAACAAAUGAGCAAUGCCUGCGUUUUAGCAGCGAAGGAAUUAGCAACAUCUGCCUGGUCCCCCCCCCAUUAGAUUGCGUCCAUUAUAUGAGAAAAUCCACUAGACUGCGUCUGUCAUGACUCAUAGUGUUGUAUGAAAAAUCCGCGUCAAAGAUUUGUACUCUUUGUUCCAGAAUAAAUGCCUAUGUCACGGGGAUAAUCGUUGAAGCCCCGUGCGGCACUCAAA